GGCCACGCCAUCUAUUUAUCCUGACGGGGCUUCACUGAUGUCUGGGCUCGCUCUGCGGGGUUCAGGUUGUGUCGAAGCGGACAGUUCGCGCACCGAGGCGUCGGUGGAGGAGAAGAGCUCGUCCGUGCAGGUUUAGCGGAGCAUCAGGAAGCUGCACAGACAAGAAAGGAGAAGCAGCAGGAUCUCAUACAAAAGAGUGCACACACAGGGGCACUGAACAAGAAGCCAAAUUCUGCACUGCAGUGGAUUUCCUCAGGUGUGUGUAUGUGUGUGAGAGAAAGAGAGAGAGUGUGUGUAGAUCUGUGUGUGAGGGUGUCUGAUUUGACAGUAGACUCAGACUGGGCUCUGGACGCUUUCUCAUUAAUAUCAGAAGAACCUGCAGGAGCUUUGGAGCAUUGUCUGGAGGUCACCCUGUCCUACAAAAACUGUGCCACCCUCCAGUUUCCCGACCAUCCAGCCUCCCCCUACACCCCUUCCUCUAUUUUUUCCCCCCUCACAGGGACAGUGUGGUGGCUGGUCAGUCUGUUUGUUCGUUUGGAUCACAAAAGCCAGCAGGCCUCAGACUGUGGAGCUGUGACUGAACUCUGGGUUCAUACUGUGGAUUUUUAAAGAAUUGCAAGGACACAAAAUCUGCAGGACUAAAGCAAAGACCAACCAACUGUUCAGUUCGGUUUCAUUGCACUUGGAGGACUUAUGUUUUUGGAUUAAGAAGGUUGGACCGGCUCUUCAGGAGGUUGUAGAAUAAAAAAGGUGUCAGAUUACACCUCAGGGAUCAGAUUUUUAUCAUUUCCACUGUGUCAUCUUAGUCAGCACGACACAGCAAAUCUCAGGCGGCAUCACAGGUUUCCCAGGUUUAGAUUGCGUUGUAGUUUCACCUCAGGGAUUUUUAACUUACAGAGUUUCUGUUUGGUAUUUUUUAAAGCGUUUAAUUUACUUUUAACGCAACAAAAUCUCAGGCAACGUUUGUACUUCUGGUUUUGGAAUCACCCUAUGAACUCCUGCUGCCAUGGCAUCUGACAGUUUCCAGUACCGGGCACUCUUUGAGUACAAGCGGGAACGUGGUGAUGACAUCAGCCUCCAGCCGGGCGACCUACUCACCGUCCCCAAGGCGUCACUGAUGGCCACGGUGGGACUGGAGUACCAGGAGGGGGAUGAGCGAAGCCCCAAAGGCUGGCUGCACGGCACCAAUGAGAGGACCAAGGAGAAGGGAGAUUUUCCAGGGACUUUUGUGGAGUACGUCGGGGUGGUGAGAGUCGGCCCUCCUGCGGCUAAAUCCUGGCCCAGGCCUGUGCCACCGACCCCUGGGGGGCAACAGACCCCAGUGGGGCCUCAGCCUCCUGGAGCAGCUGCUGCCUCAGGUAUGGAGGCGGAGCUUCUGUCUGAAACGGCUCCUGUGGUUGUUUUGAGACUCAUUGAAGCCAUCGAGAAACACAGCUUAAACGGUGAGACUCUAUAUCGAACCCCUCCAGCCUCCGGUGGACCUGUAGAGCUGCGGCAGUCUCUGGACUCAGAUCCGGCCUCAGUGGAUCUGGACCAGUAUGAUCUGGUUUCUCUGACGGAUGCACUGAGAGGUUUCCUGCAGGACCUGAAUGCCCCCAUCAUCCCUGUGACAGUCUACAGUGAACUGGUCUACACAGCUCAAGAGAGUCAGAGUGUGGAGGAGUGUGGGGAGAGGCUGAAGAGGAUCCUGGAGUCUCCCAGCAUCCCUCAGGCUAACCACCAGCUGUUGGUCCACCUCAGCAGACACCUGGCCCGGGUCAGCCAGCACAACCAGGCUGGCCCUCGCCUGCUGGGACAGGCCUUUGCCGAGGCCGUCUUCAGGCACUCCCCCCUCAGUGCGGAUGUGAACCCGGAGCAUCACAUCAGGAUUUUGGAGGCUCUGAUCGACACAGGAGGUCUCAUGGAGAUGCAGGCUGCUCCAGCUCUUCCUCCAAAGCCAGCGAAGCCCCAGCAGCCCUCCUCGGUCGGGGUAGGAGGGGGCAGCAACAACGGUGCCAAGGAUGGAGGAGCAGGAGGCUCACUGCAAGAGGCUGAAUGGUACUGGGGAGACAUAUCCAGAGAGGAGGUGAAUGACAAGCUCAGAGACAUGCCUGAUGGGACCUUCCUGGUCCGGGAUGCAUCCACCAAGAUGCAGGGCGACUACACGCUCACACUAAGGAAAGGGGGCAACAACAAGCUGAUAAAGAUCUAUCAUCGGGAUGGAAAGUACGGUUUCUCUGACCCCCUGACGUUCAGCUCAGUUGUGGAGCUCAUCAGCCACUACAGACACGAGUCUCUGGCUCAGUACAACACCAAGCUGGACGUCAAACUCAUGUACCCCAUCUCCCGCUUCCAGCAGGACCAGCUGGUGAAGGAGGAUAAUAUUGAUGCUGUUGGGAAGAAGCUCCAGGAAUACCACAAUCAGUACCAGGAGAAGAGCAAAGAGUAUGACAGAUUGUAUGAAGAAUACACCAAGACGUCGCAGGAGAUCCAGAUGAAGCGUACAGCCAUCGAAGCCUUCAAUGAGACCAUCAAGAUCUUUGAGGAGCAGUGCCACACGCAGGAGCGCUACAGCAAAGACUACAUCGAGCGCUUCCGCCGUGAGGGCAACGACAAGGAGAUCGAGCGGAUCAUGAUGAACUACGAGAAGCUCAAGUCUCGGCUCGGAGAGAUCCACGACAGCAAGGUGCGGCUGGAGCAGGAUCUGAAGACGCAAGCCAUGGACAACCGCGAGACAGACAAGAAGAUGAACAGCCUGAAGCCCGACCUCAUACAGCUCCGCAAGAUCAGGGACCAGUAUCUAGUCUGGCUCAAUCACAAGGGAGUUCGUCAGAAACGAAUUAACGACUGGCUGGGAAUCAAGAAUGAGAACACUGAUGAAGGCUACUUUGUGAGUGAGGAGGAUGAGAACUUGCCUCACUACGAUGAGAAGAGCUGGUUUGUCGGGGACCUGAACCGGACUCAGGCGGAGGAGCUUCUCCUCGGGAAGCCGGAUGGAGCGUUUCUCAUCCGAGAAAGCAGCAAAAAGGGCUGCUACGCCUGCUCUGUAGUUGUUGAAGGCGAGGUGAAGCACUGUGUCAUCUACAGCACACCGCGUGGCUUUGGCUUCGCUGAGCCCUACAACCUGUACAGCAGCCUGAAGGACCUGGUGCUCCACUACCACCAGACCUCCCUGGUUCAGCACAACGACUCGCUCAACGUCCGCCUCGCAUACCCCGUCUACGCACAGAUGCCCUCCGGACGCAGAUGAACCCCACCUGCCUGGCCAAACCCCCACAAAGACAACAAACCAACCCCCUCUUGGGGAAGGGAGUACGGGGAGGGUGAAAGGAGGAGGGAGGGGGAACUGGUUGAAAUACAAAGCAACCCCAACACCAGACCUGUUAAAGAUAGAUAGAAACGAAUUUAACACUUGCUGCAACACACACGUCAGCCACCUUGGAGUUAUAUAUUUUUACAAGAACAAUUACGGAGGGCAUUCUUUCUAAAGACUGCUUGAUUUGCACAAGGAAGUUUUAAAUGUUUGUGAAUGUGAAAAAAAAAAAAAGCGGCAGAAGGAAGGAAGGAAGGAAACGGAGUAGGCAACUUCAGAGUUUCAGGUUGACCCCGCUGCUACCUAAACUCCAGCUCAGACUUUUUACCAGAAACUCAAAAACCAUGCGAAUGACGACGAAGACGACAACAAAACAUUCCCAUUUUAAACCUUUUGUUUGCUCCUGUUAUUGUUUUUCACCUUUUUCUUUUUCACCUCAGAUGAUUAUAUUGCAACUUUUUUUUUUUCGUUUCUGGAGUCGUUUUCGUGUUUCAGAUGUUUCCUUUUGUUUACUCCUAACUUUUUGUGGUAAAUGCAGGAGGAGAUGAUGAUGUCAAGUGUCUGUCUCUGUCCCUCUCCGUACGAAAAGCAAAAAUAAUGUAGCAUAACAAGACAACGGACGCUUAUUUUCCGUAAGUGUUCCUCCAUGUAGACUGCUGCUGAGGGGUUUAGGGGGAGGGUUUGGGGAGUUGAAAGGGGGAGGGGGAGCACAAGCAACACAAAACACUUUUGUAGUCUUAAGGACAAAAGGCUUGCUUUUAUAUUAACUGUAAAGUUUUUUUUUGCCAAUGUCUAAAUGGCAACGUCACAGAUUAGAACCAGAGACCAAAGUUUGGUGUGGAGAGGGGAGGGGAAGGGCAAAGAGUCCACCAGUGUGUAUUUCUUUUUUUUCCUUUGUUUUUGUGAAUGGAAAUGAGUGACGAGAAGCAAAUGAAUGGUGUGUUUGAGACCACACAUAAAAUCAAGUUUUGGGCCACGUGUGCACCAAAUAGCCUCUUUGGAAAACCAAAUGGUACGUAAACAGAAACACCAGGACCUUCUGUAAAUACAGAUGGUGGAGAUAAAAGCACUUAAGUGAGUCCCAUUUGUGACCUGAGCUCCCUGCAUGUUACCCUAUGAAUCAGUCAGAACUAAAGCCAAAAUGAUGAGUCGAUCAAUUAAUCACUCUACAGAAAAAUAAUCAUCAAUGAAAAUGAUAGUUUCAAGUCCUUCUCCAGCAUAAAUGGUAAAUGUAUUUUAUUUCCUAAAUGUUGUUCUGACAAAACAAUUUGAUGUCAACACAUCUGCCUGGAAUGAUAAAAUGUUUGUGGGGGUUACAUCCAUUAAUUUCAAUAGACUGAGCUCACAGAGUAACGUGCAGUCCUGAGGUCACAUAUGGGUUCACAUAAACCAGACAGGACGAGGUUACAAAAAGGUCAGUGUCACCAAAAUCAUCCUGUGAGUGGAAAGCAUAAAGGAAAAGGAGUCUGACCAGAAAACCUGAAACCCAAUUUAUGUGUGGCUUAAAAAGAGAGUGAUACAUGCAUAUAUGCUAACGACUGUGGGUUGAAAACUGGGACUGUUUUCACUUUUUUUUUUUACAAAACCUUCAGAGAUAAUAAGCUUUCAAAAAAUGUUUUACGUGUAACACAGAGAGAAGGUAGACAGAGGCAACGUCCCAAGCUGAAGACACAGGCUUUAGAAGAAAAUACUGAAAACUUGAAAGAACGUGCAAUCUAGCAUUGUGUUAAUGUAGUUCAUCAGUCAAACAGAGUGAGAGAGAUGCACUAAGGUCCAAGAGAUAAUCAAAGUGCACAGUGAAGCUUUUGGAGUGAAAUUCAGUUUUGUCUGUCUGAUUGCUCAGAGGAGUUUCAUUUUUUUUUCUUUAAACUCAGAACUUUUUUGCCCGGUGCUUGACUUUAUAACCAGUGGAAGCAUUUUCUGUCAAAAACUAAAAAGCAUCACACAAUAAAAAAUAUCUUCAAAAACUGAAGAGAAAAACACAAGUUGCAUUCUAUUCUUCUUAGAAAUUCCCUGUCACUGAUUGACUGUGUCUCCAGACAGUCGUCCCAUCGCUGCCUAUCGGAUAAUCUGUGGCUACUUUAUGAAAAGCGACGUUUAGCGGAGCUGCAAGGAAGAGGGGUGAUUAUAUGAUCCUUGUGUAUAGCAAAGACAGCUGUUCUCUCCACCCUCCUCUCUGAAACUGAGCUUUUUAUUGGUUUUAACAGGAUAACACUUAUGAGGGCAUCUACCAAAAAAACUAAGAGACAAGACGACACUGGUUACAAAGUCAGACAAAGCACCCUCCCCCCCUCUGUCAUCUGCAGUGUUUUUCACAAUAUGAUAAGCCAGCCUUCUAGUGUAUGGGCCAAUAACACACUUAUACACACACACUGUUGUGCAUCAGAGGGAGUGUGUCUGGUUUUAGGAAGCGGGCCAUUGUUUGAGAAGAGGUGUAAUUGUGAGUGAAUGAUACAACCUUGGUUGUGCCCACCACCCGCCCUACAGUGCUACAGUGUAGUAACCCUUGAUGGUAUCACCAUUAUCUACCCCCACCACCACCCCACACUCAUCAAAUCCAUUCUGAUUAGGUAAAGGAGUUGGGGUGAGGUGAGGUUCGUGGAGCUGAAAGCCAUUGAUAGUAAACCGUCUCCCCUUUAUGUUUCUAAGUGGAAGCUGUUUAAGUUUGGUGCGUCCUGAAGUCCGCUGUACGAAAUCCAAUUAGGAUCUGUUCAAACUGAUCGCGUUUCCUUAUCUGUCUAUGUGCCAGUUCAAAAUUCACAAAUAGAAACACAUUAAAGGUGGAGGGAAACUGAGAGUACUUACUGUGACUUCCAGGUGUUUUUUGGAACCGUGUCCAUGAUGAGACAAGGACAGAAGAGACAGGUCUUGCAAAUUCCUAAAAACAAAAAGACAAAGUUACAUGAAAAUUAGAACAACUGCUAAACUUUUAAUACAGCUGCAACCAGUUGUUUCAAUUAUCAGUACAGACCAAAUCUGAUUUUGCGUGAAGCAUACUGCCAGCCUACGUAGUCCCUCUCUACUGUCCUAGCGUAGCUGAAAACAGUGGGUGCAGAGGACAACAGAGGAGACGACAUCAGCACAGUUAGACCUAACAGUUUCAGCAGUUGGUGAAACAGGAUGUUAGCUGUGUUCUGUUUCGGUUAAACUGAAGCAACAAGUAUUUAUGUGAUGUUUCAGGGUAAAUUUGUCCGUAAGAUUUUAGCUGUUCUUUAUUUUACAGAAACCCAGACUAGUGUUUUUGUCCAGCGUCUUACUGAUGUUGGUACUAGAAUCCACUGUGCGGCUCACUUGUGAGAAUUAGCGAAGACACUGUGGUGAGGUGGAGAAGCUUUCACCUUGUAAGGAAAAGGACACAGGCUAUGAAUUUCCUGUCUGCUUCUGUCAAGCUGUGAUGAUGGUGUCUCAUCUGUGUUCAUUCUCUCUGGAGGUUCAGGAUUCUUUAGUUUUACAGGGGACAGGAAAAGUUUGUUAAUAUGAUCUUGAAUGUAAAAAAGGAUCACUCCGGGUCCAAAGCAGUUUUUAUCGUUUGUUUGUUUUUUGUUUUUUUUGGUUAAAGCACCACUGUCAUGUUUUUCCCUGACAGAAACAAGAUGAUCCUAACUCAAGGUGCUAUCGGAAAUGCAGGCCAAUUCGACUUAAUAACGUCUCCAUCUAAGUCAUUAACCCUCAGGUGUUUUCAAGUUUACCGUAGAAACUACCACACAACAAAGCCAGCGAUUUG